GUAACUGGUCACACUUAAAAUAAGCAAGCCAUCGAAAUACGCAAAACUUACCGUUCAUAUUGAUUUAAAAGGCUUAAAUAGUUUAGAAAGCCACAAAAAUGACCACAGCUGCUCGUCCUACCUUCGAUCCUGCCCGCGGAGGGUCUGGACGUGGUGAAAAGGAUCUAAGUGCCCUCAGCAAGCAAUAUUCCAGCCGCGACUUGCCAGGCCACACCAAACUAAAAUACAGAGAGGCUGGCCAGGGCACAAGCGAGGAGAUCCGCAACCGUGACUUCCGCAAGGAGCUGGAGGAGCGCGAACGUGAUGCUCGCUCGGGAGCUGCUGGUUCUGGCAAGGCGCUGCCCUCCAUUGUGCGCAAGGCCAUCGAGGCCAACAGCACCGCCUCCAGCGGCGGCAACAAGCGUGUCAAGUUAGAUGCUGCCGCUCAGCAGGCCGCACAGCAACAACAGACUGUCAAUUUGGAUGCUGACGAGCCGCUGGACAACAACAGCUCCGACUCUGACAGCGACUCGGAUGACGAUGAUGCGGUCCUGCUGGCCGAGCUGCACAAGAUCAAACAGGAGCGCAUGCAGGAGGCCGCGCGUCGUGAGGCGGAGAAAAAGCAGGAGGACGAACGCAUUCGCAUGGAGAACAUUCUGUCCGGCAAUCCGCUGAUCAACUACGAGCCUGGCACAGCUGCUUCGGCUGCAGGACGUGCUUCUGGUCUUGGUGGCGAUCUGAAGAUCAAGCGGCGCUGGGACGAUGAUGUCGUCUUCAAGAACUGUGCCCGUUCGGCUCCCGAGAAGAAGACCCACUUUAUCAACGAUGCCCUGCGCUCCGAGUUCCACAAGAAGUUUAUGGACAAGUACAUUAAAUAGUAUCCAUAUAUGUUUCAGAUACGUUUUGUAAUAGUCUAAGUAACCAAAUUUUCAAACUUUUUUUUUCAUCUGUAAUUGCUAAAUAAAAAAUUGCAUUUUAUAAGCAU